GCGUUUGCGUUCUCAUUGAUAUACGAGAUAAUAACACAUUUGUAGACUGGUGUGCAACCAUCUGAUUUAUAAUGUGGAAAUCUAGUUACAUGUAUUUCUUAUAUUUUGUGAUUUGUGUGUUGCUCCUGUGUACAGAAAGUCUGAAUAAAACAAAUGGAGGAAACUGCGGAACAGACGGAGAAAUCAAAUGUUGCAAUAAUUACUACCAAGCGAAAAACACCUGUGUUGAAUGCCCAAAUGGAACACUUGGUUGGAACUGUUCACUGAUUUGUCCGGAUAACUCGUAUGGAAAGAAUUGUUUGAAACCAUGUAAUUGCAAACCAGAUGAAGCAUGUGAUUCAAAAAGUGGAAAAUGUUCAGUUGAACUCGGAUAUUGCAGAAACAGGACGGGAAAUAUUACAAAGCUUUGUUGUAACAAUUACUUCUACGUGAACAACACGUGUACAGAAUGUCCCAUUGGAACGUAUGGGGAUAAUUGUUCAGAGAUAUGUUCAAAUGGAUUUUAUGGGAAAAUAUGUGCAGAAAAGUGUGAAUGUCAGCCAAACGAAACAUGUGAUCCAAAACACGGAUGUAAAGGCUCACAUGACCAGCAGAGUGGGGAUCAUACUUUGGUGGUUACGCUUGCUCCAAUCAUUUCGGCAUUUCUCCUCUUCUUCUGUAUCUACUGUGUUGGUCAAUACAUUAGACGAAAUUAUAGAAGGAUGAAGCCCGUGGCACAGAAUUUCGCUGGUGGAGCACGUGGUACAUGCGAUAAGCAGACGACAUCUUCUGUUAGCAAUCAUCCAUGUGACAAAACUGGUGAUUCUUUAUCGGAGCAUGGCGAUGACGAAACCGAUGAGGGGGUGUAUAAUACGCUAACCCUCCGUGUAACUGGGUAUGAAGAACCCGUCAAACGAAACCAGCUGAUCCGGUGUUACUCCGACGCCUCCUCCACAUAUACUAAAGGUUUUGCAUGCAAUAUAUCCUCAACAACUGAUGUGCUUCAAUCUUUUCCAAACCGCAAAAGGUUUUCAUCUCUACGUAGUAGAGAUACAGAUCGUAAUAGCAAAUACUCUUAUUUUAAACCAUCUGAAGCGAUAAAACAAUGGAGUGAAGAACCAGGAUCUUCUAAACCUGAUGACGAAACCGAUGUCCAUUUACAAUCUGCUGAUACUGAUGAUGUGAUAGUUCUUGAAGACGAUGGAAAAGUGGAAAAUGUCAAUUCUAGGCAUUUAUUCCUCAAAGAGUUAUCUUCUCGGCUACUCAGUGAUAGAAAUACUGACUGACAUUAGAAUGCGGUCAUGUACAACUUGCAUGCAUUUGAUGAUAAUGUAUGCAUCAUUUUAUCAGGACCGCAAAGUAAAGCAAGAUUACCACAUGGUCUAAUGAUUAUACUAUAAAAUUGAUGGUCUUCAACUAGACAUUUUGAUAUAUCGAUGGGGGUUUUCUAUCAACAAUACUCAUUUUCACUCAGAUGUCGAUUCGAUAUAUCCCAGUGAACUCGAAAUAAAAGACACUUCCACACCUGCUACAUUUGUAGCAUUACAUACCUGAACAUUUCAUUUAACAUACAUGUUGAGGGGCAUGUACACGAGUUUGGUAGACAAAUUAUGCAGUUAUUUGAUUAAUAUGAUAGUUUGAUUCGUAUAAAACAUAGCAACAAUUUCUACAUUUCAAAACAUGACGCAAAAAUAUAUUUGAGACAUCUAAACUUUUCAUUUUCAAAACAAGGCAUAAUCUUUGUUUAUGUCUACUUGCCACAUGACUCAACUAUCAGCACGGUUCAAAGGGAGAGCUUCGGUGGAGGAAAAAAUUAACAAAAUUUUCUACUCGUGUCCAUACCCCUUGAACGGCAAACUAACUAUUUAACUUUAUGACAAACGGGAUGACUUCAGCUUCUCCAUUGUCAACUUAUAUUUAUGUAGCAAUAUACCAUUGUCAUUUGCAUAUGAUGUUUAUCUCGCAACUGAUUCGAUAUGCACGAGCAUGUUCUGCGUAUAGUCAGUUUUUAUAUCUAGACAUGGUACUGAAAAUAAGUUGAUGUUACUGGUGUUUUAACAGUCUCGUUUAAAGACAGUAUUUCGCAAAUUCUAUGGUCGUUAUAUCGAUCUAACUUACGAAUACAGUAUGCCAUUAGGUGGAAUGCUGUCUGACAUAUUAGGCGGUUCUUUACAUACUGAUUUUUUGCAGCAGAUUACUCCAUUUACCUGAUCAAUAAUAUUAUGACCAACCACACGAACAAUAUCAAAAUGUCAAACUUUCGGGACAACCUAUCUCUUCUUCAAUACGAUAGAAUAUUUACAUAGAAAUGAAAACCUAUUGAAAAUGCAAAGUAACACUAAAACUAAACCACGUUUAUAUUAUUAGUGCUUUAUACAUCUUUAUUCAUUUGACUUCUUAUCUGGAUGUUGAGUGUUGUUGGUUUUUAGUGAUAUAUAUGUAGAGAGAGAGAGAGAGAGAUUUCAUACAUAUGCAGAUGCUACAUGAUAUCUCAUAUCUAUAGAGCAAAAAGGUCAUUAUAUUCAAUAUACUACUAACUAGUAUUAACUUGUUUUUAAUAUUUGUAUUAUGCCCGUGGGGAUCCGGGUUAGAAUAGGUCCUCAUUACCCCUUGCUUGUCGUAAAAGGCGACUAAAUGGGGCAAUCCUUCGGAUAAGACCGCAAAUACCGAUGUCCCGUGGCACAGCAGGUGUAGCACGAUAAAGAUCCCUCCCUGCUCAAAGGCCGUAAGCGCCGAGCAUAGGCCGAAAUGUUCCAGCCCUUCACCGCCAACGUCUACAUAGGCGUAAUUAUUUUUUAAGAUUGUCGAGAGGGACAUCAAACAAUAUACAACCAAUCAAUAGCUGUGUUGUUUAUUCUUUCAUAGGCACCCUUCCUUGUAGAAAUUAAAAAUGUAUUUUUAAAGAAAUAAUUGACUGUACAACAAAACUCGGAUGCGAAUCUUUAAAGGAAAUAUUUGAAUCAUUGCGUGUCCUUUCCAGCAAAUAGAAAAUUAUUCUACACAUUCUGGAAUCCUUUUUAGCAAUGUUGUGAUCUAAUUCUUAUGAAUUAGAAGGUAUGGCAUCGCAGUCCAGGCUAUUAAACAGAUGUUCAUGAUUGAUUGUCUAUUGUUUAACGUCCAUCUUGACAAUAAGAUGUUCAUGAAUUCCAUGUAUAGCAUUACAUGUAGCAUAUGAUACUGACAAGUCACGGGGGCUUGAAACUAAGCUAGGAAAAGCAGUUUCGACUUAUACGGAACCUUGAAAUAGAAACUAAAUGAUGUGAAAUGGCACAUUUCAGUUAAUUAUCUAUUUAUUUCAUAAUACGUGUAUGUGCCAGCCGGUGUCGAAAAUUUGUUUGCUAAACAAAAUUGAUGUGAAAAGCGCAUCUAUGAUGGUGUGUCUAUAUUUAGCUCCACUUUGUCAUCACAUUUCCUCAGAAUAUACAAGUACAUAGUAGAUAUCAUUUGAAACCAGGAAGCGAUGUGUUCGAAUUUGGGAAAUUUAUCAUAACAAAUUUUUAUGAUUGUUUAUCAUUUCUUUAAAUAAAAGUCAUGUAUCUUAAUUAAGGUAUAUUAAUUUUCAUCGAUAUGACUAUGUUUUCUUUUGUCUUGUGUCGUAUGUCGCCAUCAGAGAAGAAGUUGUAUUUGGAAAUUGUAGACACCUGUGCUUAGUUUAUUUUCCAGAAAUCUACAGUAUAGCAUAAACACCAUCAACAAAUUAUGUAUGCACUACAUGUUGUGUCCGUUAAAUUCAAUAUACACUUUCAUGAACAUGUGAUAUUAAAGUAUGUUUAAGCGUU